AUGGGUCGAACCUUGACUUAUCCGAAACGGACUUCCAACACUGCGAACCGCUACAAACAUCGAGCAACCUAUGAUUUGGGCCCGAUCCAUAAAAUCAUCAAUGACUCCCAGGUGCUUCAUGUAUCAUUCAAUCCCGGUCCGGAUGAUCCUUUCCCGGCCAUCCUGCCAAUGAUCGGACAGAUGGGAUCAUUUGAAUUCCCAUCCGCUAGCAUCGAUGAGCCUCUUGAAUGCUAUCUUCACGGCUAUGUCAGCUCCCGUAUCAUGAACCUGGCCCGGAACUGUUCCGAGGGCGAAGGCCUCCCAAUCUGUGUGGCAACAAGCAAGGUAGACGGAUUGAUUCUGUCGCUCACCCCCAAUUCGCACAGCUACAACUACCGCUCUGCCAUCUUACAUGGCUAUGCAACCCUCGUCACAAGCGAAGAAGAGAAGCUUUGGGCUAUGAAAUUGAUCACCAACUCCGUACUCGAAGACCGCUGGGAUCACUCGCGGGUGCCGCCCGAUCGUGCAGAGAUGCAAUCGACGGUCAUACUCAAAGUCAAGAUUGUUGAUGGCAGUGGUAAGAUCCGUGACGGUGGGGUGUCUGAUGAACGUAAGGAUUCCGACAAUGAGCAGAUCACCAACAGUGUCUGGACUGGUGCCGUGCCUGUCUGGGAGACCUUUGGAACACCCAUUCCUAGUGGUGAUGGCAACAUUGCUGCCGUGCCGGAAUAUAUUAGCUCAUAUAUCACCAAGAAGAACAGCCAGAAUCAGGCGCUGGCGGAAGGUGCUGUGAAGAUUCAACUUCCACCUGAGGAGCAACACUAA